GUGGCCUCCAUCUUGAGCUCGACGGAAGCUGUCAACAUAAAUCUGAGGCGUGUUGAUCUGCGUUCACUUCAGAGUUAAAAGUUGAAUCAUUGGGCGUCAGGUUCGUAACCAGGAAGUGGAUAAAAAAAAACUGACUAAUACGUUGUAACAUGUGGUAGCUCAGCACAUAUUUACCUGUAGUUAAUACCCAUCAACAGAACCAGCGAUGGGAGCCAACAGUAGUAGUAUGGGGGAGCUGGCUAACAAUGACUACCUAAAACGUCUGGCCAGUAACACCUCCAUCAACCCUAUAGACCCGUUCUGGAACCAGCUUCUCUCCUACUCCUUCCUUAUACCCAUCAACAGUGCUGAUGGUAAACUGCUGGAGGAGUCCACAGUCGGGAUCUGUAAGACUUUAGCUAUUAAUAAUGCAAGGUCAGGUAACUUCGGAGCACUUGUCCGUAACUUCCUCGUACGGGCGACAGAACUGAAGGCCUCGGCACAGUGUGAAGAUAACAUCUUUACCUGGCAGACAUACAAUGCCCUGUUCAUCAUCAGGAGCCUGUGUAAAUACUUUGUUGAACACCUCAGCGAGGAGCUCAUUGUACAGCAGUUUGAGGCCAAGCCCCCAGACAUGGGAGGAUAUGCUGAUCCUGAGGACAUCGGGCCGUUAACAGAGGAACUGAUGAACUCUCUAGUAGAACUCCUCGUCGAUGUUCCAGUCCUGAGUUUUACGUACGCCCUCCAUCUUGAGGCUCUCAACACGCUGUUAGUACUACUAUCCCUGCAGAUGUUUCAGCCUCAACCUGCCUCAAAGUUUAUCCUGUUCAAGUACAUUAUGCAGGGUCGAUGCUCCAUCCAUGCUUGCCUGUUAGUUAAAUCUCUGUUACGGAAUUUUUCAAGUCAGGAGAAAUGUCCUCCCGAGUUAUACAAACAAACUGGAGACGGCGCUAGUGUCAUGGCCUCUGUCGCUGCCAGUUUUUGGUCAGUGAUGACAUUGGGAAUGGGAGGAGCUGCAGAAAAAAAGGAAGAGGAUUUUCAUGAAACAUUAUUAGCCAAUCAGAGCCUACUAUUUCUGUUGGUGCUGACAAACCACUGUACAACAGAACACAGCACGCACAACCCCUACAGACAGGCAUUGUUUGCCUUCACGAACUCACAAGAUCCAUCAUCUUCAAGUCCUACAAAAACACCAGCCACAUUCAAACUAGAUUUUAGCCAUUUGUACGAUGCCUUAUGUGUUGCCCUAAGAGACGACCAAUCAACACUGCUGUUAUAUCUACUGAUACACCGGAACACACUAAUGAAAGCAUUUAUUCUGUCCAGGACAAAUAUCGAUCAACUGGUGAUGCCGUUACUGAAAAUUCUAUACCACGCUCAGGAUAGAAACUCCCACCAUAUCUACAUGGCCCUAAUUAUUCUCCUCAUUCUCAGUGAGGACGACGUCUUCAACAAGGCCAUACACGAAAUAGUGAUAAGAAAUAUUCCCUGGUUCAAAGAGAGGCCGAUCUCGGAGAUAACACUAGGUGGUCUUCUGAUCCUUGUAGUCAUCAGGACGAUACAGUACAAUAUGACCCGCAUGAGGGAUAAAUACCUUCACACAAAUUGUCUAGCUGCCCUUGCCAAUAUGUCAUCACAGUUCACCAAUCUACAUCCUUAUGUUUCACAACGUCUUGUCAGUUUGUUUUCCCAGUUGUGUAAAAAGCACUCGCGCAUCAUUGAGCAGAUACGACAGGCUGCUAUGGAACCUGCAGGGACAGGAGAGGCGGAGGGCGGCACGAAGAAGGAGGAACAGGAAGAGGAAGGAGAGAAUGAACAAGACUACAUGCAGGACCUAGCUGUACUGGAGGAGGUGAUACGGAUGAUGUUGGAGAUCAUCAACUCCUGUCUGACGAGUUCCCUCCACCAUAACCCCAACCUGGUGUAUACCCUUCUCUAUCGUAAGGAGCUGUUCGCUCAGUUCAGGACGCAUCCCACCUUCCAGGAUAUCAUACAGAACAUCGAUACAGUACUUUCAUUCUUCAAUACAAAGUUAGAACAAAAUGGUCACACAGCUACAGUGUCUCCGGCUGAAGUGCUGGAAUUGAUCAAAGAUGGCUCCAAACAAUUUCGGAGAGAUCACUUAAGGAAAUUUCCUGAUCUGAAGUUUAAAUAUGUGGAGGAGGAGUCGCCGGAGGAAUUCUUCAUCCCCUACAUCUGGUCGCUCGUCUAUCACUCCUCCAACAUGUACUUCAACGCCUCACGUAUCGUCCUUUUCUCUCUCACCAGCUCCUGAUAACGCCAUGUGACUAAGGUCAAGGUCAUUGUGAAACUGAUAAAGGUCACAACGGUCUUAGCCAUAAUGAUACUGGUGAAGGUCACAGUUCAAGGCCAUAAUGAUACUGUGGUAAAGGUCACAGUUCAAGGCCAUAAUGAUACUGUGGUAAAGGUCACAGGUCAAGGCCAUAAUGAUACUGUGGUAAAGGUCACAGGUCAAGGCCAUUAUGAUACUGUGGUAAAGGUCACAGCUCAAGGCCAUUAUGAUACUGUUGGUCAAGGACAUAUCGUACUGUGAUUAAAUUUACUGACAUCAAGGCCAUAUUGAAACUGGUGAAGGUCAUAAUAACAACUAUGUAACAUAAUGUUAGUGUUGUAAAGGUCAUGACACAUAUGGAACAACCAACUUCAAAUCAGGAUCAAAAGGUCGCAGAGGUCAAAGACAUACUGAACUAAAGUUGUGAUUACUAAUCUUUGUUCAAAAGUAUAACUAUUCCUAUGAUGAUGUUGCCUGGACUAUUGCCACAAUCAUAGGACCCUUAUUGGAUAGUGGUCAAGGUUAUGUGAUUACUAGGACCGUUAUUGGCCAGUGGUCAAGGUCGUGUGAUUACUAGGACCAUUAUUGACAAUGGUCAAGUUCGUGUGACUGCUACCGAACAAAGUGUCAUGCUCAUUUGAAUAGUGAUAUUGAUGCUGCAGUUCUUACGAUGUCUGAUAAUUGUUUAGUUAUUUCGUUAAAUACUUUUACAUAUCAUUAUCAAAAUCUUUUCGUAUAUUUAUGGUUAAAAUCAUAAAGGACACCAUAUUGUGUUACCAGGGCAACGAAGACAUCGUUGAGGAUUUCCGCCAUGUUUACUGGCUGAUCCCAUCGCCUGAAGUAGAAAAGUCAGAUGAAAUAAGGUCUAAAUUUGAAUUUGAUCAGGAUUGUUAUGAUGGUGGAAUGUUUAUUCUGUCAAUGGGUAAAAAUUUGGCAAUAAAACGGAAUAAAUCUAUGUACUAUAUAUAUAGUGUAUGUUAAACUAUUAUGUAUAUGUGUAAAAGUUGAGAGUUCGGUCCCCUUACUAUCUCGGACUAAUGAGAUUUCCGUUUAACCUAAUGGUAGAAUGUCUGAUUAGAGAGAGUGUGUGGCCGUUAUCUCCAGCCCGUGUUUGGGAAGGAUAUUUUUAUUACUCCUUCCUAAAAUAUUUGUAUAUACCAAGAACACACUUGUAAAAAUGUUUAUUAUAUAGAUAAAUAUAUAGCGGCUUUGUCUGUGAUACUGCCUCCAAGUCUUUUAUGUUAAAGCUUAAGAAUAUUUCAUGUUAAUAUUUAAAAUUUAUGUCAAUCUUUGUCAAAAAGCAUGAGGCAUCGCUUGUACUUAGCAGAAUACUGUGAAAUAUGUACUAACACUUUAGCUUUAUUAAUUCAUGUAUAGGUAAACUUGUUAAACUGUUUUAAUAUUUCCUGGGGAAAAUAGUGAACAGGGCCCAGACCAUCACUUGUAAGGGGUACAGUGAAAUCUGUAGUAACACUGCAGCUGUAUUGUUCUAUACGUAGAUAAAAUUUACGUGAAGAUAAAAUUUACGUGAAGAUGGAGGAUUAUAUAUCCAGGGCUUAAAUGAAUAUUUUUUUACUAUUACAUAGUAAUAUUGAUUAAAACGGUUGUGUUCUCCUUGUUUAACUGUUUAAAUAUUUCCUCAAGAAAAUUGUAGUAAUAAUAGAUCUUUUAUUCAAAAUUCAUUUAUGUUUGAACAGAAUCCAGAUAAGUAUUUCAGUUCCAAACUUUUGAUGUGGAAAUGUGAACACAAUUCUUAAAUGUCUGUUCAAUAUUUCUGAAAUGUUUCGAACACCGAUUUAAUAUUUCUUCUGAAAAUUGAUGCUGUAAAACGGGUUAAUCAGUUAAAGUUAGUCAACAUAUAUAGUCGGAUCAGAUCUCUUUUAUAGAGGAGUUGUUCUCACCAUCAAAAAUAGGUAUUACAAGUUUAACAUACUUCAGAUCUACAAAAGUCUCCAACCACUGGGAAAGUUUAAAUUUUAGAGACAAGGAAUUUGUCUGUCAGCAUAAUUGACAGUGCUGAUUCAUAAACAAUUGUAUUCAUGUAUAAGCUUCACUUACUGCCUGUACAGGAGUAGGUAAAUAUCUUCUUCCAAGCUAUAGCUAUCAGAUAUGUUUUUCCAAGCAAAACCAUUUUUUGUGAAUUGUACACAUUUGUAUGAGUACAUGUAUAUGUUUGUAUUUAUUUUAUGUCUUUCAAACAGUUUAUGUGUGAUUGAUAAGAUACUUUACAGUUUCCUUACAAAAUUUUUGGCUAUAAAUUACUUGUUUUGAAGUUGCGUAUGCUAUUUUUACAAGAGCGACCUAACUCUUAUGUGAAAUGACGAUUGGUCGUCAUAUUAAUUCACAUUAAGAGUUGUCAUAUUCAUUUUUGAUUAAAGUCCGUUUUACACUACUUUCAGAUGAAAGUUGAUUUUCAUGUUGAUUUGAAAUUAUAGUAAAUUUUGACCUUAAUUCAAGACGAGAGUGCAAUUGCCAUGUUGUGAUGAGAGUCAAUAUUCCAUGAAUUUUUAAAUGAAUGCAAUUCUGAUGUAGGCUGUGAAAGUCGGUUUUCACAUUAAUUUGUGAUGAGACAUUCUAAAUAUCUCGCUUAACACUAACAUAUUUUUUGCUAAUUUAAAAUUCAAAUCCUAUUGAAUGAAGGUGGCAGUAAGACUGAGUAGAAGUCUUAUUGAUUUAGAGUCUAGCUAGCUGAUAGAUCAAAAGGUUUCAUCGUCAUUUUCAUCGUCAUUUCUUCCACAAUUUGUUAAUAUAAUCUGUAUAUAUAGAAAUAAACCACUGUGUAUUCAAAUGAAUUUUUACAGAGUAAAAUGAAAUGUAUCAAGAUGUAGAGAAGAUGUGAACAAGAACACAAUUUGUGUCAGAUUUGCCUGUAAAAGUAUAUUUAUAUACGUGUAUUUAUCACUUUGAACAUGUAUAGAUUUAAUGUUAAGCUUAUCCCUAUAGUUAAACAAAGGCGGUAGUUCUAAUAGAUCAGAAAGGGUUUGCAUUGGAAACCUGUCAUUUAAGGAGGCUUGCCCGCAGAGAGAUCAGAAAAAUUGGCUAAUAGAAAAAGAUUUUUUACACAUGACAGAUUGUUGGAAUUGUUGAGUUUUUCAUUUUAUUUUCCUUA